AUGCCGUCCACCACGCCUCCGCUCCCUUCCGGCGGGCCCUGCCCCUACGCCACCACCCUUCCUCACCCCGUGGCAACCACCGCAUCUCUCCCGACUGCCCUGACGGUGGCGGCCACCACUAGUCCUUGCGGUGGAGGGCCAACACGGGCGACCCUCCCCUCCACCAGCCCGGGCACCCUACUGGCCCGCCUCGACCAUCGGCUCCGGGAGCGGCCGUCCACCCCUCCCCACGCGACCCACACCCUCCCAGCUGACGGAUUUGGUCCCGGCGCCCAUGCUCCCAUCUUUCUCCACUUCGGCAGCACCCAGCAUCUCCCUCCUCCCUUCGGCCACAUCCCCGCGGUGCUCCCCAUUCCACCACGCGAGCACACCGUCGGGCUCCAGCUCGCCUCAACGGGAUCUGCACCACGCGAUGUGCGUGUGCGCAGUUUGGCGUUGCCCGUUCGGCAUCAUGGUCCAGCAGCACAUCCGACGUCGACAGAGGGUGGUGACCCCUCUUCCACCUACCUUUUGACGGUGUGCACUACAGACAGCAGCGGCAUGCACUACAGGCAGCAGCGGCCAGUGCAGUUCGCGCAUGAUGGGAUUGUAGCUCCAGGCGCCCCCGACUCCCUCCUGCCUCUCUCCCUGCAAUUCUCCACUAACGGUAGGCAAUCCAGUCUGCUCUUUCAUGUAGGUCGGCUGGAUUUUCCUCUCCAGGAGCUUUUGUCGCUUCGCUGGAGCAGUGCACAUAGCAGGCACAUACGACCAUUUGUUGACUCCCUAUGCAGUACACUUUUGUGUUGUGAGGCGGGCGUCGUCGGGAUUCGUCAGUAGGCUUUGUUUGCUUGCGUGAGAUAUGGUUCAAACUGUAUGUUUAAUUUUUGUUUUCCUCUGUUCGCUUGCGAGAGAUAUGGUUCAAAUAUAAUGUAUGUUUAAUU